CUUUGCAGCUCCGGAGUCGGGCUGCUCUCAACCAAGCUGUCUGUUUAUAUGGAGUGCCUGGAGGGCGUCUGCCAUGAGUCUGUCGCUAACCGUGCUAACCAGGAGAGCUGGCUGGUUGGGCAGAAGACACUAACCCUGAACUGUUGGCUAGAGGAAGUGGAGGGGCCACGGGAUGCGGAGAGCCGAGGGCUAACUGUGGGACAGCGGAACAGAGAGAGCUGCCGACAGUCAGACGCAGGUUGAGGAGCCCUCACCUCCCAGAAUGACCAGUGCGGCACCUGCUAAGAAACCGUACCGUAAGGCACCCCCUGAGCACCGGGAGUUGCGGCUGGAGGUUCCAGGAUCCCGGCUGGAGCAGGAGGAACCCCUGACUGAUGCGGACAGGAUGAAGCUCUUGCAGCAGGAGAAUGAGGAGCUCCGUCGGCGCCUGGCCUCGGCCACCAGGCGCACCGAGGCCCUGGAGCGUGAGCUGGAGAUCGGGCAGGACUGCUUGGAGCUGGAGCUGGGCCAGAGCCGCGAGGAGCUGGACAAGUUUAAGGACAAGUUCCGCAGGCUUCAGAACAGCUACACGGCUUCUCAGAGGACCAACCAGGAGCUGGAGGACAAGCUGCACACGCUGGCCUCUCUUAGCCACAGCUGGAUCUUUGCAAUCAAGAAGGCUGAGAUGGAUAGGAAGAUGCUGGACUGGGAGAUCGUGGAGCUGACCAAUAAGCUGCUGGACGCCAAGAACACCAUCAACAAGCUGGAGGAACUCAACGAGCGGUACCGGCUGGACUGCAACCUGGCUGUGCAGCUCCUCAAGUGCAACAAGUCCCACUUCCGCAGCCACAAGCUCGCCGAUCUGCCCUGUGAGCUCCAGGACAUGGUCCGGAAACACCUGCACAGUGGUCAAGAAGCUGCCGGCCCGGGCCCUGCCCCUAGCCUGGCCCCGGGGGCCGUGGUGCCCACGUCGGUCAUUGCCCGAGUGUUAGAGAAGCCGGAGUCUCUGCUGCUCAAUUCGGCGCAGUCGGGCAGUGCCGGGCGCCCCUUGGCUGAGGAUGUCUUUGUGCACGUGGACAUGAGUGGGGGUGGCCUGGGUGACCCAGCCAGUCCCCCGGCCCCUGGCAGCCCCCCACCGCAACCCAAUGGAGAAUGCCGCUCUCUGGGCACUGCUGGGGCCUCCCCAGAGGAGGAGGUGCCCCUGCCAGCCUUCGAGAAGCUGAGCCCCUACCCCACCCCAUCCCCACCACACGCGCUGUAUCCCGGCCGCAAGGUAAUAGAGUUCUCUGAGGAUAAGGUGCGAAUCCCCCGCAACAGCCCCCUGCCCAACUGCACUUACGCUACCCGCCAGGCCAUUUCCUUGAGCCUGGUGGAGGAGGGCGGGGAGCGGGCCCGCCCCAGCCCGGUGCCCAGCAGCCCCGCCUCGGCCCAGGCCUCGCCCCGCCAUGAGCCCAGCCCUCUCCCCCCGGCUCGCAGCGCCCCAGCCAGCUCUGCGGGCUCGGAGGAGGACCUGCUCGCCAGCUGGCAGCGGGCCUUUGUGGACCGCACCCCGCCCCCGGCCGCUGUGACCCAGCGCACAGCCUUUGGACGCGAUGCACUCCCUGACCUGCAGCGCCAUUUUGCUCUGAGCCCCACUGACAGAGAUGAGGAGGUUCUGGCACCUUCUUCCCCACCUGGUGAGAGUGGGCUUUUGCUGCCCACGGAAGCUGACUGUGGCCCUCCCAGGGAGGAGGAGGAAGAGCUGAACCUGCCCGUCAGCCCUGAGGAAGAACGCCGGAGUCUGCUGCCCGGUGAUAAUGGCACAGAGGAGGGGCCUGUUGCUUCCCACGCCGAGGGCAGGGCCUGGGCACUCCCCAGCUCCAGCCGCCCCCAGCGCAGCCCCAAGAGGAUGGGGGUGCACCACCUGCACCGCAAGGACAGCCUGACCCAGGCCCAGGAGCAGGGCAACCUGCUCAACUAGGGCCCCCGCUUGCCUUCCUGCCACCGCUGCCCUGGGACCGCGGGAGGCCCCCCGCCCCCCGGAACCCUCCUCCCUCAGGCCUGCUCGGCUCUGCUCCUUGUGCGGGGCAGGGGCAGGGCCGGCCACACCGGGCCUUUUAGCCGCAUUGACUAUGACUGGCACCAGCUUGCCUCGUAGUUUUUCCCUUUUUUCUUGGAUUAUGUACUCCCCAAAGGUAACCUGCAGCUGGGGCUCAAGACCCUUCUUCCGGUCAGCCCAAAUUGGGCUGUUCUGGGGCGCUGAGGGGUCUGUUACAUUCAGUGUUCAUCCUCCAUCUCCCUUUCAUACCCCCAAAUUGUUUUCUUGUUUGUUUGUUUUCUGGGGGUGGGAGGGGGGCGUCGUUGGGAUUAUUAACCUCUAAUUUCUGUUUUCUGCCUGCUUUCCUCCCCUCAAGUCCUCUGCACAAGCUGUUGCCUUCAAGGGGCCCUUGGGGGAUGGGCGAGAGGACUCACUCAGGGCUCGCCUCCGCUGUGUCCAUCCUCCCUCUGGAGGGGAGGAGAGGGAGGGAUUCAGGGGCCUCAAGCUGGGCUCUAGGUGAGGCCUGGCCCCCUCCCAACCUUGGCUCUAGACUGUUACUCCCAGCUUUGGGAAGUUUUCACAUCGAUGACUAUUUUAAAAUUAAAAUUAUUUUACGGAUACG